UGCAAGUGACAGCUCCUCGGGCUCGGCGUCUCGUCUGACAACUGCACCCGAGUCUUGUCUUUCACUCCGUGGUCGUCGGCCGAGCGCGAACAGAGGAGUUACCGAAGUCCCCCGACGCGCUCCAGCGAUGGUGACUUUACGCACGGGAUUUGAAGGCUGUUUGAACUGACUCCUCUUCUCUGGUCUCGGCGCCGAAACUCUCGCUACCAUCGCACCGAACAAUCCGCGCGCUUGCAAGAAAACGCGCGGCGAGGCGUCGAACAAUUGGAUCCAGGUGACGUUCAUGAAUUUUAAAGUCAUCCACAAGUGAGAAGAGGGUGUUGGAGUUGAAGUCUCUUAUUUCUAAUGAUGUCUUCCAUGCGAGCAACGCCUCCCUUUCACCCAGCGUCUGAGGAAGAGGAAGUGACAGGUCAGGACAACGUGGCUUGGGCCAAAGACGAGCGAGACGGUCCGAAGGAGAAGGCGUCGCCAUCUUCGCACGACCAGGCCCACUCUGACGAGCCUCAGCAAAUCAUAGAGAAACCGACAGAUAUUGAGUGGGAGAAUGUCGGGCCUGCUGUGAUGGACAAUGAAAGCAGUAAAGGCUGCUCAGGUUACUCCUACCGGACUAACUCUACCUCUCCACACAAGCCAGAGGAGUGUUCCAGGGAUCGCGGGGAGCCCAUGAUCGGCCUCGCGUUCGGGACGCCGGAGCGCCGCAAAGGAAGCCUGGCGGACGUGGUGGAUACGUUGAAACAGAAGAAGCUCGUGGAGCUGACCAAGACAGAACAGGACGAACCUUGCAUGGAGAGGCUCCUCUCCAAGGAUUGGAAGGAGCGCGUUGACCGCCUGAACGCCAACGAACUGCUGGGGGAGGUCAAAGGUACGCCAGAGUCCCUGGAGGAGAAGGAGCGCCAGCUUUCCACCAUGAUCGGUCAGCUGAUCAAUCUGAGGGAGCAGCUCCUUGCUGCCCAUGACGAGCAGAAAAAGAUGGCCGCCUCACAGCUGGAGAAGCAGAGACAACAGAUGGAGCUGGCCAGGCAGCAGCAGGAGCAGAUCGCCAGACAGCAGCAGCAGCUCCUGCAGCAGCAGCAAAAGAUAAACAUUCUCCAACAACAGAUCCAGGUCCAGGGUCACAUGCCUCCUCUGAUGAUCCCAGUGUUUCCUCACGACCAGCGGUCCUUGGCUGCUGCCGCUGCUGCACAGCAAGGCUUCCUCUUCCCACCGGGCAUGUCCUACAAGCCAGCAGGUGAGAAUUACCCCAUGCAGUUCAUUCCAUCUACAAUGGCAGCUGCAGCGGCAUCUGGACUCAGCCCGUUACAACUACAGCAGCUGUAUGCAGCCCAACUGGCAAGCAUGCAGAUCUCACCAGGAGCCAAGAUGGCUCCCCUCCCGCAAGCUCCCAACUCCUCUGGUCCUCUUUCCCCCUCUGCCCUGAAGAGCGAGAAGCGAGCAUCCAGUCCUGUCACUCAGAUUAAGGAGGAGGGAUCCACACAGCCAUUGAACCUCUCAGCCAGACCCAAGACAGAGGCUCUUCGCUCCCCGACGUCCCCAACACAGAGUCUGUUCUCCGGGAACAAAACCAGCCCUACGGGCAUGGGCAAGGGCCGCAUCCCCAGCCCCAUCCCCAACAUGGGCAGGAACACCUCUCUCGACAUCCUAUCCAGCCUCAACUCCACAGCGCUGUUUGGGGACCAGGACGCAGUGAUGAAGGCUAUCCAAGAGGCCAGGAGCAUGAGAGAGCAGAUCCAGAGGGAGCAGCUCCACCAACAGCAGCAGCAGUCAGGACACCAGAGUCUGGAGGCCAAACUGUCCGCCCUCAGCAGCAUGAGCCUCAACAACGGCAACAAGGAGCGGCUGCACUAUGAGACGCUGAGCCAGCACCUGGGGAAGCUCGGGGAGGAAGCUGGGAAGAUGGUCCAUCGAGUCAUUGACCUGACGAGACCGGAAGAUCUGGAUGGGAGUAAUAUCACAGAGGCGCGAGUGUUCAGGGAGGCUCGGGGCAGGAACAACAACGAGCCCCACAUCAAGAGGCCCAUGAACGCCUUCAUGGUGUGGGCCAAAGACGAGCGGAGGAAGAUCCUGCAGACCUUCCCCGACAUGCACAACUCCAACAUCAGCAAGAUCCUCGGCUCUCGCUGGAAAGCCAUGACCAAUCAGGAGAAACAGCCGUACUACGAGGAGCAGGCCCGCUUAAGCAAGAUCCACUUGGAGAAAUAUCCCAACUACAAGUACAAGCCGCGGCCCAAGAGAACCUGCAUCAUCGAUGGCAAGAAGCUCCGCAUCGGAGAGUACAAGCAGAUGAUGCGGUCACGGCGUCAGGAGAUGAGGCAGUUCUUUGUGGGGCCUCAGCCACCGAUUCCUCUCGGCAACAGCCCGGGCGGCGUAGGAGUUUACCCAGGCGCCAUAACCAUGGCAACAACAGCCACACCAUCCCCACACCUGACCUCAGACUGCUCCAGCAACUCAGCCAGCCCCGAACCCGCCAUCCCCGUCAUUCAGAGCACGUAUGGGGUGAAGUCCGAGCCCGGCGUCGGCGGGGGCAGCAAUGGUGGUGGGGUCGGAGCCUUGGACCUGCCCAGCGACCCCACCAACGGCGACGACGACAUGGACAUGUACGAGGACUUUGAGGACGAGCCCAAGUCAGACUAUAGCAGUGACCACGAGACACGGGAGGCCGUCAGUGCCAACUGAGUGCGCUCAGGGCGUCAGUUGUAAAAAGAGAAAAAUGAAAAACUUGCGUUAUACUCAGAAACACUUUUUAAAAACACAGUUUAUUACAGAGACCUUCAGGCAAACAUUCAGGACAUGCUGUGUCAUGCAAUGAGCAUGCCCAGGCAGGAUUUGAACUCAGCGGACAUGCUCAGAAAGGUCUUGGACAGUAUAUUGACGGACGGCCAUUUGAAGAAGAGGGCUGAUGGGAAAAAUGUGACCUGAACAGACACUCAGACUUCCAGCUGACAAUGAACUUCAGUUUCCUACAAUUUGACAAUCUCAACAGGAGUGAAUAAGAGUUCAAAGACAGAGAAUAAGAGAGAGAAUGGGACAAAGAACAAAUCAGGACAAACACAUUGCUGUGUGGUUUGUAAAGAGCAUGCAUGGAUUUUGAAGCGUCAGGAAUUGGUCUUCAACAGCUAUUUGGUCUUAAAUGUUUAAGGAGUGUUU